CUGUACGGAUCCGUUCGGGCCGCUUGUGAGAGCCUUCAAACGGAACUCGCAAGCGGAGCCCCGAACGCUAGUGUGAAAGUAGCCUUAAUUCUGCAUCUCCCCAAGUAUGUGUCUUGUAACAUCCUCCAAAUGUUGUGCCUAAUUUUGCCUGAAGAAGGAGCCCCUGAAAGCUUGUGGUAUGUAUUUGCUGGUUAUCCAAUAAAGCUAUCACCCCCAUAAUACUUCUGUAUUUAUUAACACAAAAGUAUUCUACAUAUUUUUUCUGGAUAACACUGUACACAAUUUUUGCUCCACCUGUGUGGAAUAUAAUAAUGGUCAAAACAUUCAUUCAUUGGGUAUGAGAUCGUUGGUGUGGACAGCUAAAUCAUUGUUUGCCGGCAGCAGAUCGUGCCAUCUAAGCAACAUUUGGAGGAUGUUACAACAAGACGUGGAAAGAUGCAGAAUUAACCCAUGGGAUACCAGCGCCAUAACUUUGUCGUGCUGGGAACUGCCGCAAACAGUGAUUCUGUAUGGGGACGAGCGAUGACGUUGGCGUUCGAUCCACCCAUACUGUGGAGGCGGUCGCUGCUUGUGAAUGCAGGUUUUCCCUCCACUGACAAGCAAGUGACUGUCAAGAAGAAAUACUUCCUUCCUUGCUUACUACAUCAGGCCAUGUAAAGGAAAUGGAAAUUCUCAUCAGAAAUAUAUACUUCACUGCUGAGGCAAAGAAUUCAUUUAUACCACCUUACAAGGUCAAGCAUUGCUAACUGGGUUUAGGCAGAUAUUCGGAGAGCCUCAGUCAUGUUUGAAAGGAAUUGUCUGCAGCGGACAGCGCCUGGUGUACAAGCUGACUGAACACUGCUCCUCUGACCCACAUAAUGCCGUGUCAAAAACAGAUCCCUCACCAAAAAGAGAAAUGCCAACCAUGAUCCUCUUUAAUGUCGUCUUCGCCCUGAGGGCAAAUGCAGACCCUUCUGUGAUAAACUGUCUGCACAAUCUGUCUAGAAGAAUUGCCAUUGUUUUGCAGCAUGAGGAGCGCCGCUGCCAGUAUCUAACCAGAGAGGCGAAGCUGAUCCUGGCAAUACAGGAUGAAGUGUCUGCAAUGUCUGAAAAUAUUUGCACUUUUACAGCAGAUGAAGGUCCUCAGUCACCAUUUCACCAUAUCUUACCCAAGUGCAAACUAGCAAGAGACUUAAAGGAAGCUUAUGACAGCCUUUGUACUACCGGUGUGGUCCGUCUUCAUAUAAACAACUGGCUGGAAGUAAGCUUCUGCUUACCACAUAAAAUUCAUUGUGUUGGAGCAAAUUUUAUUCCUCCAGAGGCAAUAGAAAGAAGUUUAAAGUCUAUCAGGCCCUAUCAUGCUCUUCUGCUCCUUAAGGAUGAGAAAAGCUUGCUGAAUGAUCUUCCACUGGAUUGCUCUCCCGCCUUAGUAAGAAUUAUCAAGUCUGCAAGUGCUGUAAAGAACCUGCAGCAGCUAGCUCAGGAUGCGGACCUCGCUUUACUACAGGUAUUCCAGCUUGCAGCACACUUGGUAUACUGGGGUAAAGCUAUUAUCAUUUAUCCACUGUGUGAAAACAAUGUCUACAUGUUAUCACCAAAUGCAAAUGUGGGCCUCUAUUCAUCUUUGGCAGAGCAGUUUUCCCAUCAGUUUCCAGCACAUGAUCUCCCCUCAAUUCUCUCGAAGUUUUCUCUGCCUGUUUCUUUAUCGGAGUUUAAGAACCCGUUAUCACCACCAGGGCAAGAGCCUCACCUAAUUCAGAUGGUAGUUUGGAUGCUCCAACGUCGACUUCUAAUCCAGAUCCACACAUUUGUUUGCCUCCUGGUCCCACCCAAAGAAGAUGCCACUUUGUCAAAAGAUGACGAUACACCUUUUGCUGCCAGAGUUGGUGGACGGAGUUUAAGCACACCAAAUGCACUAAGCUUUGGCUCACCAACCAGUAGCGAUGAUAUGACUCUAACCAGUCCGAGCAUGGACAACUCCAGUGCUGAGCUGCUCCCAGGAGGAGAUUCUCCAGUUAACAAAAGAGCAACAGAGAAUCUUCUUGCAAGUCUGUCUCAGAAUGAGAGGGAAGCCAUUCUCAAUGUUCCAGCAGCUCAAAAUCAAGAGGACCUCAAAAUGUUUGCAAGGCUUUUGCACUAUUUCCGAGGUCGCCAUCAUCUUGAAGAGAUCAUGUACAAUGAAAACAUGCGCCGCUCGCAGCUAUUAAUGCUGUUUGAUAAAUUUCGGAGUGUACUGGUAGUGACCAACCAUGAAGAUCCAGUUAUAUCUGUCUUUCAGUCUGUCAUUCCUUGACUGAUUUGCCAAUUGCUGUUAAUGUUUACCUUUUUGUACAGAUUUUAAUUUAUUAAAGCACUGGUAUGAAAAAUCA